CAGGUCCUCAGACGCUCAGACCGAGAGAUGGACAUGUGUUUGACUGCCGACAAACAGGACAGAACAUGGAGGACAGCUGCAUGCGUUCUGGACCAGGCAGGAGAAACAGUGGUUGCUAACGGCACGUCACCUCCGGCCAGUUUUGUUGCAUAAUAAGAAACCCAAGCACAGUUUAAGACUCUGCCAGUUCAAACAACGGUACUGCAGCUGAACUGCUGCUUAGGGAUUUUAGUGAGUGUCUAGCUCAUAAAAUUCAAACCUUUGGGUUUGAAGAUGCCCAAGAAAGCCGAUAAAAAGCCAGCUGAGACGACUGCUCAAACUGGCCCCUAAAACCAUGGCACUGCUCAAAGUGGGCCGCAGCGCAGACUGUCAGAGGACCGAGCCUGGUUUAUUGGCCUCUCUACAUCUCGCAUUGGCGGACUAACCAGCACAGUGGCGCUCCUGUUCACGCAUCACUGAAACAUACUGGUCUCAAAAGAAUCCAGAUGAUCCUGUGCAGUCCGAUGAGUUUUGCAGUGCUGUACUGCAUUCUGUGGCUCUCUGCGCCUGCCUUCCUGCUCUCUGAAUUUAAGGUAGCCUACGUUACCGAGCGCAAUGUGUACAUGUGCACGUAUUCCCAGGAUCUGGCCUUCUGUGAGACGAUGAACUCCAGCCAGUUCAACAACUGCAAGGAUCAAUCAUCUGUCCUGCACAGGGCCGAGACCCCCAGCCCGGUUCACACAAAGCGUCUGACGGUGUGGUACAGCUCGCCUCUUAACGUGGCCCUCCUGCUGAACAACUCUGAGGUUCGGCACCUGUCGCUGAUCCAGUGCAAGCCCGCCACCGAGCAGCCCGUCCCGUUCGAGUACUUCACAGUGCGGCGCUUGGAGACUCUAACAGUCACCUAUCCCUUCUGGAAGCCUGGACAGAGCUAUGACAUCCUCAUAGGCAAGGACAGGGACGCCCCCUUCCACGAGGAGGCGAGGAUGGCUGUCAUUCAUACCUCUGUGCUGACCGGGAAAACAGAGCUGAAGUCCUACACAGUCCAAACCAACGUGGACCGCAGUGGAAUGAUGUCCUUCCCAAACAUUUUUAUGUCUCGCAACGGGCUUUCGGAAAUGUCCAGGAUAUCUGUCACUUUUCUGUACUGAGAGCAUUUUUCCCAGGAACUUAGAAGCUUCAUUGUACUAGUCUCUAUAACACAAAUAGCUGUUGUGCAUAAUUAAUCAUGUACACGUAAUGCAUACAAUUACAUUAUGCAAAUACUUCUUACAUACAUUGCAAAUAUCAAAAUCUUUUAGAAUCAAACAUUAUCAUAUUACAAAAUAAGAAAACAAAUUAAUUUUCAGAGGUUUGUAAUGUGGGCUUUGCACAUGCGCUGCUGUUUUACUGAGGAUUUAAUUCUCUUAAGAUGUUUUGCAUUUACAAUAAAGAAAAGGGAUAAUAUUGAAUUAAAAAAUAUAUAUAUUUAUUAAAAUAAAAAAUGGCAAAGAAUUGUGUGAUGCUGUUGUUCAAGUUUCUACUGCCUUGCAGAAUCUAUUCCCCCUUAGAGUCAUUUGUAAUGCCAGUUCAAAAACAACCCUGGCUCAUAUCAAAAACAAAAGCAAAAGCAAACGUGAGAUAAGAACACAUUUGCUGCAGCAAACAUGCCGUUUUAGCUUGUAUCUACAUGUCUUUUACUCAUAUCUGAGUAUUUUGCAUCACAAGUGCAUUGCUGCACCAGGUGAGCUACAGAGCAAAUUUAAUAGAUCAGAAAAGCCACACAUGCGGAACUGGUCCUGUAAUCAUUUGUGUGAAAAGGAAUAAAAGUUGUUGGUGUUUAACUGCCUCUAGUGUUCAUUUCACUUGGAAACUGCAGUGAACUGUAUGUAGCCUGUUUCGGAGAUAUGUGAAAAUGUAGAUAGAGGCAAGUUUUUCAAACUUGGCAAUGUCAUCUCAUUUGACUACUUAGUGCAGUGCUUACCCGUUCUGG